CACCGUAACGUCUCUCUUCUCUCUCUCUCUGUUUCGGCAUUUACACAAGAAUCUCUGAAGAUUGUUUCUGCUAUCGUCUUUUAGAUUUUCGAUCUUGGUACCCAUCCAUGACGAACACAGAUGAAUCGGAGAGCUGCGGCAGCAGAGCCGUUGUGGCUUCGCCGUCGCAGGAAAACCCUAGACACUACCGGAUGAAACUCGAUGUCUACGGCGAAAUCUUACAGCGGCUCCAGGAAUCUAACUACGAGGAAGCUGCUCUUCCUGAUUUCGAGGAUCAGCUUUGGCAACAUUUCAAUCGUCUUCCUGCUCGAUAUGCUCUGGAUGUUAAAGUUGAGAGAGCAGAAGAUGUUCUCACACAUCAGAGAUUACUGAAGCUGGCGGAAGAUCCUGCAACUAGGCCUGUGUUUGAUGUUCAUAGUGUACAGGUUGCUCCCAGAAACUCUGCUGAGUCAGACCCUGCUUUGGAGGAAGAUGCUCAAAGCUCUAGCCACACAAGCGGCCAGGGGGUUCUUGCACCUCCAACUUUUGGCUCUUCUCCAAAUUUUGAGGCGAUUACUCUUGGAAAUAAAAUUGUUGAAGAUGUUGAUAGUGCUGUUAAUGCAACUCUUACUACUCGACCGAUGCAUGAGAUCACCUUUUCAACCAUCGACAAGCCUAAACUCCUUAGUCAGCUUACUUCUCUGCUUGGUGAGCUUGGAUUGAAUAUUCAAGAGGCUCAUGCUUUCUCCACUGUCGAUGGUUUUUCUUUGGAUGUUUUUGUUGUCGAUGGUUGGUCUCAGGAGGAAACAGAUGGUUUAAAAGAUGCAUUAAGCAAGGAGAUUCUGAAGCUCAAGGAUCAACCUGGUUCUAAACAGAAAUCUAUUGCUUUCUUUGAGCAUGACAAAUCUAGCAACGAGCUGAUACCCGCCUGCAUUGAAAUACCCACGGAUGGAACUGACGAAUGGGAGAUUGACGUGAAACAGCUCAAAAUUGAAAAGAAAGUGGCAUCUGGUUCAUAUGGGGAUCUGCAUAAAGGCACUUAUUGCAGUCAGGAAGUGGCUAUCAAAUUCCUCAAGCCUGAGCGGGUAAACACGGAGAUACUUAGAGAAUUUUCUCAAGAAGUUUAUAUUAUGAGGAAAGUCCGCCAUAAAAACGUUGUCCAGUUUUUGGGUGCAUGCACACGAUCUCCCACCCUCUGUAUUGUGACUGAGUUUAUGGCUCGGGGGAGCAUUUAUGAUUUCUUGCACAAACAGAAAUGCGCUUUCAAACUUCAAACUUUGCUUAAAGUUGCACUUGACGUUGCAAAAGGGAUGUGCUAUCUUCAUCAAAACAAUAUCAUUCACAGGGAUCUUAAGACUGCAAAUCUUCUUAUGGAUGAACAUGGACUUGUCAAGGUUGCUGAUUUUGGAGUUGCCAGAGUACAGAUUGAGUCAGGGGUCAUGACAGCCGAAACAGGGACUUAUCGAUGGAUGGCUCCAGAGGUCAUUGAACACAAGCCUUACAGUCACAAAGCUGACGUGUUCAGUUAUGCGAUAGUGCUAUGGGAACUUUUGACUGGUGAUAUACCAUAUGCUUUUUUGACUCCACUACAAGCGGCUGUUGGCGUUGUUCAAAAGGGCCUUAGACCAAAAAUUCCAAAGAAGACACACCCAAGAGUGAAGGGACUUCUAGAGAGAUGCUGGCAGCAAGAGCCGAAGGAAAGGCCAGACUUUGAGGAAAUCAUAGAAAUGCUUCAACAGAUAAUGACUGAAGUAAACGUCGUACCAUGAUGAUCCCCUUAGAAGGCGAGAUUUCUCUGAGAAGGAUGUGGUGGUGAAAACAAGCAGGUUGGAGAUGAAGACCCAGGCAAGCCUUCAAAAAAGCCACGUUACUAGUUCUGAUCAGUAAUAUAACUCACUCAUUCACUCUCUUACAUUUUGAUCGUACAGUUUUCUCUAUUUUUUUCUUUUAGUUGGUUGGUGUGGCUUAAAUGGGGAGGACCUUGUUUUGACCGUAUAGUCCAGUGUUUUCUCCUUUUAGUUGCUCUUUGAUGAUUCCUUUCUACGUAGAACCUUCCCAGCACUUUAUUUAUCUUUUAUAAAAAAAGAGAAAGUUUGCA